ACUGGCGCGUGUGGCGGAAGUUUGCGCUCACACAUGGAAGAAGAAGCUUGCUGAGAGCCUCAACUGUAACGUUUGUGUUUAUACUCUGAUUCAGCUCUCAAACGGGUCGAAGUACAUCUAACAUUUGCUGCGAUCUGCAUGCUUUUUUAAACGACAUAUAGUAGAGAAGAGCGAUGUUCCUGCCAGCAACUAAAUUCCCGGACAAGAUAAACCUCCAGGGAGAAAUUAAAGGUGUGACGGGAACAGGCUGUUUAUAGAGGUUCUGCUGCAGGCCUGUGUGUGUGUGUGUGUGUGUGUGUGUGUGUGUGUGUGUGUGUGUGUUUAUGUUUGUGUAUGUUUACGAGUGAGUGGCAUAGCAUCUGGGGGUUGUAACGUGAUGCCAAGAUGCUGCUCUCCCUGGGAAUGCUGAUGCUGUCGGCCACGCAGAUUUACACCAUCUUCACUGUCCAGCUCUUCGCCUUCCUCAACCUGUUGUCCGUGGAGGCUGACAUCGCUGCUUACUCAUUUGACAACAAAACAGAGAACUUUGAUGACCUACCUGCGCGGUUUGGCUACCGGCUCCCCAGCGAUGGACUCAAGGGCUUCCUAAUUGGUGCACGGCCAGAAAAUGCGUGUGAACCUAUUGAACCCCCUCCAAGGGACAACUCAACAGGUGCCUUCAUCGUCCUCAUCAAACGCUUCGACUGCAACUUUGAUACCAAGGUCCUCAAUGCCCAGAAAGCCGGGUACAGGGCAGCAAUCGUUCACAAUGUGGACUCUGAUGAUUUAAUCCGCAUGGGAUCCAACGAUUUGGAUAUUAUGAAGCACAUAGAUAUUCCUUCUGUGUUUGUGGGCGAGGAGACUGCCAACUCUCUGAGAGAAGAAUUUGUGUAUGACAAGGGGGGACAUGUGGUCCUCAUGCCGGAUUUCAGCCUGCCACUGGAGUACUACCUGAUCCCGUUCCUCAUCAUCGUGGGAAUCUGUCUCAUCCUCAUUGUUGUGUUUAUGAUCACCAAAUUUGUCCAGGAUCGACACAGGGCUCGAAGGAGCCGUCUCCACAAAGAUCAGCUGAAGAAACUCCCCAUUCACAAGUACAAGAAAGGGGAUGACUAUGAUGUGUGUGCCAUCUGUCUGGAUGAAUACGAAGAAGGGGACAAACUCAGAGUGCUGCCAUGUUCUCACGCCUACCACAGUAAGUGUGUGGACCCCUGGCUGACCAAAACUAAGAAGACGUGCCCGGUGUGCAAGCAGAAGGUGGUCCCCUCGCAGGGCGACUCCGACUCCGACUCAGAGGAGGGGGAGAGCGGUCCUGAGGAAAAUGAGGAGGUGUCGGAAAACACCCCGUUGCUGCGUUCUCUGGCCUCCACCAGUGCGCACUCAUUCGGCACCAUGUCUGGAGCAUCGCACUCAGAGCAAGACCGGGAGUCCUCCGAGUACGAGGACAAUGAGCUGGACAGCAGUGACAGUGAGGAGGAGGUCACCGUGGAGACUGUAGUGGUGCAGAUGCAGCAGCCGUGCUCUGAAGGCCUCGAGCACGACCUGCCCCGAGCUUGACUGGUUGCUGGCUGGCCUGAUUGGCCACUAUGGACCCCACCCUCCCCAACUUCACAGCUGCAGAGACGUUAACUGGGGGCACGUAACAGAUCUAUCAUUCAGAUCCUUCUAUCACUGCUUGCAAUACAUUAUAAUGUAUCCUCCCAUAAGUUCUAAUACAUACCUGUUGUUUUUUAUUUAACAUCACUGAUGAUUAAAUGUUGUGACAGGAAGUCAGUGAGCCUAUUUUAAGGGUUUCCUGGCAGAUUUAACAGGACUGAUGGAACUGACAUACAGUACGCUACUCUGUUUAGUCAUAAAACAUGAUACACAGGUAUCACAGGUCCUAUACACAAGAUCCCACUUGACACAAAGCUCAGUAAAAGUAAUUUGUACAUAUAAAGUAUAGCUGCCUAAAUAAAUUACCUUUUGAUUAUCUCUUAUAUAUUUGAUGUUUCGGGAAGGGCCAUUAUUGUACAUACAUGUUCCUGCUAAACUGGCACAUCCUCAAGUGCUAUGCAGCAUCUUUUUUGUAAAACUAACAUUCAGCAUGUAUAGAAAUAUUUCAACCACGGCAAUAUGGUCUUGUCAGUGUGUUUCCGGGCUGACAUAUGAAGGAGCCCAGGUGCUCCCGUUUGUGUUUUGUGCCACAGUUUGUCUGUUAAAGUGAUUCACAAUAAGAGAAACUGACACCAAGCCAGAGUGAGAAACCAUUCGAUGCUAAGAAUGUGCUCUCCCUGUGACGUCAGCAUUAUGUUGUGGGCUACACUAGGUUACAGCGUCGAGACACAGUAGAGUGAAAACUGUGUCCACACUGCUUGUGUCCAGCUUCUCAUGGCUGCUCCAGACCUAUCACUUCAUGUAACACAAGCAGUUAUGGUUGAUAGGCUUUGUAAUACACAUGUAACUGACCUGAUCUCAUUUUAAUACUGUUUAUAGUAAAUACGCAAGUUUUCUUUUCAUAACAUGGUUUGAUUUUUUUUUUUUUUUUGACAAAUCCUUUUGCCUUGUUCAGUCUAAACUUUUGUUUCAUUGUUGUUCCCUUGCUCAUGUAUUUGUUC